UGUCCAUGUUUGCAGACUGUCAUGAUUGAAAGACAUGCACAUCUGUCUAUUUGUCGAUUUAUUUAUUCCUUUAUUAUUUGGUGUGAGUAUGUCGAAAUCUGAAAUGAUAAAGAAAUGAUGUGCCAGGUUUGUAAUAUGUAUCCACUAGUAUCCACAAAGAGUUCAGCCCAAUCUGAGAUCUAGAAUAACAACUAUGAGCAACGGACCUGCUGCUUUACAAUAAUCUUUUGAUUUGGUUUGAUUUAUUUGUCUUUUACAUAUUUUUAAAAUGUUUUCACUAGGCCUUUUUUUAACUGCAGAGGAUAAAGAGCCAACUCUGUGGCAAAUCAGAGUCGAGUAGUCCAGUCAGUUAAACUAUAAUGAAAACAAUCAUUUAAAAAAAAGAUUGACAACAUCCUACUCAGAAUCAGCCUACUACGGUGACCACAGAGUGCCUUCCCUGGUGUGAUUGGAGAAGCUCUGCUCUAGUUUUCACUGUUUGUAUGUAUGAGUCGUGCACAAGUGGAUAUUUUUAUCUAAUACUCUGCAUUUUUUUAAAAAAAUGCAAAGCUGGAAUAUGGCUGCUGGCAAAUAGAUGUCAUAGUAAUUCUUCUUCAUCACUCACUUUGUGAGUACUUAAAAAAAAGGUAAAGAAACAUGCUUGAUAAAACUGUGUGAGGUGUCGAGAUGUGAGAACGACGCUGGGUGAGUGGGAGAGAGAAAGGAGGUGGAAGCUGCCCUGAUGGGAGAGGGAAGAGAAUCACCACAGAGGAGGAGGAGGAUGAACUUAACCUGCCCCCGGCUUUCUAAAGAGAUCGAAAAAAAGUAACAGAAAACAUAAUCUAUUUGUCCUUAUGCAACACUGCAAAAUGCUGAGGCUUUGUUCUUUUUUGGCAACGCUGUUAUCCACACUAGUAGUAUGUCUUUUGUUUUUUGUUUUUUUUGAUGGGGGGUGAGGUUAAUGCAACACUUACAACUUGUGAAAAGUUGACUGAGUGCGUAGAGUUAGUCAGUGGACAGAGUGGAUGUGGGUGGAAAACGUGACAAAUCCAACUGGCAUACUGGUGCGUCAAGGUAAACAUUUCAAACACACCAGAGUGAAACCACAGUUUUGGAAACCGACAAAUCCAGCGGCUGCAAAGCUGCCAAUGAGAAACAGACUUCAUCACUAGCUGCUGCGACAGUGCUGCUCAGCGGCCAACUGAAAGGAGAGUGAUAGAAGCGAGCAGCUGUGAAGUGUUGAUGCAGAGAAAGAAGCCUGCAGGCUUGGACUGGUCGUCAGCUUUGACUUUAAGGAGAACUGGAAGUACACUGGUAGUAGAACAUACUCAGCCCAUGACUGCAGUGACCAGUGACUUCUAUCGAGUGACUUACAACAGAGAGCACGUCUACAGAGUCUGUAGAAAAUGACACAAAGCAGGAUCCAGGUUUGUUUCAACAUGAUCUAUUCUAGGGCCAAUAUCAGCUUAGAUGGGUUUGUAAUCCAAUUAGUGGUAAUCAGAUUUUUUUGAUUAAUCUUACCACUUUCAAUGUAUUGAAGAGCCAAGAAUCCCUCAAAAUUGAAGAAUAUUUUUAGCUAAAAAAAAAAAAGAGCAAAUCUUUGGGGGUUGUCCACCCUUGGGAAGAUUGGCAGCUGUCCUGAAUAUUUUUAAUUUGUGAAAGAUCUUUCUCCCUGUGGAUUUAUAAACUUCAAAUAAUUUGUAAAUGGCCUCAUACAGUAAUUCUUCUCAGACUGAUGGGUCCCAUAAGUUCCUGCCUAAAGACAUGAUGUUUUUCCUUCUUCACAUUGAGUAAACACACAUCUGACUGCAGCAAAGUGCCAAACAACGUCUGUGUGAACUUUCUUUUCACAUGAUUGCAUAUCAGUGACUUUUUGUCCAUGUUUUUUAACCUUAUUCCUGCUAACCAACUAACCAACCAGUUCUGUCAUUUUUUUCAAUAAAGACUUCAAAAGGUCACAAUAAAGUAAAAGUACCUCUUGUAGUACUUCAUAGUCCUUAGAGUACUGUUACUACAAUUUAAGAAAGACUAAGCUCAACUAUUUAAGCACAUUAACUUGCAAUAAGAUUAUCAAGUGAAAAAAUGUUCUGCCCAUAAAUGUUCGUUGAUUAUUAUGUAAUUUCCUGAAAUGAAGCCAGGGCAUAACAUUUUACAGCCUCCUCCAAAGUAAUGAUUUGGUAAUCCAGGUGCAGGCUGCAGGAUGAACCACAACGAUCAAGCAGCAAAGUUGUACAACUACAACCUCUUUCAAGCUCUCUAGACUUUUCCACAGACCUCAGAAGCACGUGAAGUUGUGAUAGAAACAAAAUGAUUAUCUGGAUGUGCUGUCUUCAGAUCCUAAUUUUUUUUAACUUAACUUUUAUCAAUUGCUUUAAAGUUGCAACACAAGAUACUACAAAUGCUCCAUUUUUAUUAAAUUCACACCCAUUAGAUAACAUACAAGUCAGCUGACUAAAGAGGUUUGAAUAUACAACUUUUCAGGACAGACUGGGUGUUAUCAUCAUUGUACUUGAUCCAAAGUUGUGAUUUCGGCGCGUUACAAUGAAAGGCUUUUUUUUCACAUAAUACUGCUUCCUUGUUCUACAAUAAAUGUGUGAAAGUGCUGGAUGCUUUUUGAAACAGCUUCUGUAUGUGUUUCUGCAGAGUAACACAGUGAGACACCAGGGGUGUAGUAAAAAGGCUGUAUGAUUGUGUUUAGUGCAGCAGCAUAUUAUGAACACGCUAAUUAGUCGGGAAAACGUCUCUCCAGAUGCACUUCCAUGCUGCUUUCUUCUCUUUCUCUCCUUUAAAUCAUCACCUUGUCUAAUCAUCAGUCCCCUAUCACUCCAUCCUCUGAGACAUAAUUCAUUUGUUCGCUCAUCUUUUGAUCAUUUGCUUCCUCUUCUUUAUGCGCUUCUUCCUCUUCUUCUUUUUUUUUCUCCUUCAGGGUACAGUAAACAAUCAGACCGGUAUCUUCCCAGAAACCUUUGUGAAGAUUAUUAAACCCCUCCCUGAGAGUGACUCUGAAGGUGAAAGUGGAGGCCACACAUACAGCUGUCUCCGCUGCUUCCUGCUCACCCCCUCUGGAGUCGACACCAGAGAUGUGUGUGUACAAGAGGACCUCAGCAUCCAGCCAUCAUACAAGGACCUGCUGUCUCGCAUGAGGAAUGUUUUCAAGGUGGAUGAUAUUGCCCUGAACUACCGCGACCCUGAUGGUGACCUUAUUCGUAUCCUGGACGAUGAGGAUGUCCAGCUGAUGAUCAAGGAGGGCAGACGUCAACAGGACAAAGUCAAGAGACCUAUUAAUCAGUUUCCAUGGGAACUGCAUGUGACCACGACCUCUGACCUUUCUGUUUACAAUACAGAGGCUUGAGAGAAGUUGAAGAGAAGAAAAAUAAAUAUAAAAUAUUUAGUUGUGUCAUAUCAGAAAAUGAAUUUAACCAAGUGUAUAGUUGCUGAUUUGAACUCUGUGUAGUUUGCCAUUUACAUUCAUUCUGAGUCUGUUUCAAUAAAUGUUCCAGUCAUUUUACUUAAUAAAAUAACUUAAUACCAUAUUUACAUUUUGCGU